GGCCCUUCGUGUGGCUGCAGCCUGAGCGUGCAGUGAUGAUUAAUUAGAUGUAAUGCAACAGAAGGGCGAGCGUGUGUAGUGUGUGCUGUUUGUAGUGAAAAGUAGUGUUAAUCGAUUCAACGCAACAAACGCAACAGCAAACCGGGCCCCCAAACAACGAGCCAAGCUAAACACACGCACAAAACAUUCCCAUUGUCGUAACACACACACAAACACACACACACACGAAUCGAAGCGAAAAACUCCCACAGCGCUACAGGCAAGUGUGUGGGUGCGUGCGUGCGUGCGUGCAUGUGUGUAUGUACAGAGAAGAGCCCGAAAACGGAUACAACGCACAACGCGAACAAAGCACACACAGCAGGCUCAAGGAUUUGUUGUUUUCCACUUGUAAAGUUGUGCUGUGACGUAUGCAACUCCGAGACGGCAGGCAGCAGGGCGGAGGACAGUGGCGGGCUGCAUUAGUCAUGUAAAGAAAAGUGUCCCGAAAUCAAUAGAUAAGGCUGAAUGUGGUUUACGUACCGAGACAAGGCGUGCGCGAGAGAGAGAGCAAGCGAUUGUGUGUGUUUUUGCUCGCCUUCCGUUCUGCCCCCGUAAGCGUUGUACUAUCAGCGUUGCUUCUUCUGUCAACAGAACCUUUUUUUUGCGCGCGCGUGUGUGUGUAGAUGGGGGUAAGCAAAAAGCCCCUUUCUCCUCCCCCCCCGUCAGUGUAGUGUGUAGUGUUUUGAUUGCAAUCGCACCACGGCCCAGAGCGUAGUGAUUUCUUCGUAGUGUUGUCGGGGCUGUUACUUCUCUUCCGUCUUUGCGCUAUCUCGUAAGGAGUGUUCCUGCUGCCGAAGAGUGAGCCAUUCCAGUCAGCAACAACUAGGAAGCAACCGGUAGAGUUCUACCCUUGUCGAUCCGUUUGUGUGUCCUUGUUUUCACCGCCCCCCGUCCCCUCGAACGCGACUGUUUUUUUUUGUCUUCUUCUGUGUGUGAUACCGACGCGACACGUAGACAAAGCAGGCUGCGCGCGUACAAACGAAAAGAGAGCAGUGUGUGUGUGUCUGUGUUGGGCUAAAUCGAUAGCAACGAAGCAACCAGCAGCAGCAGCAGUAGCAGCAGCAUCAGCAUCAGUCUCCAGCCGCCGUGUGUGUGUGUGUGGGAAAACAGCGGUGGAAAGCGAACGGCGUGAGAGAAAAUCUCGUCCGUCACACCGGCGUGUGUGUGUGUGUGAGAGGUGGGUGGAAGGAGCGAAAGGAAGAACAAAAAAAGCAUAAUUAGGCGACGGACAGCAGGAUCUGUGCGUUGCAAAUCUUCGCCGUGUGGAUGCAAUCAACACCUGCAGCAGCAGCAGCACCAGCAGUAGUAGUAGUGUAGCGGAACACCUCCCCCCCCACAACCAGCAACCACCCACCCAGCCACAACAAUGAAUGGACUAAGCUUCGGUGAGCUGUGCUGCCUGUUCUGCUGCCCGCCGCUGCCGGGUCGGAUCGCGGCCAAGCUUGCCUUUCUGCCGCCGGAACCGACCUACAACCUGACGCCGAUCGACGAGUCGAAGGCAAAGUACCUGCUCAGCUUCAACGAGCGGGCCGAGUGGCCGUACUCGGAGCGCGAGAAGGAAAACGUGGAGGGGUUCUUUACGCGCACCGCCCGCGGCAACAAGCUGUCCUGCAUCUACGUCAAGUGCACGCCGAGCGCCAAGUACACGCUGCUCUUCUCCCACGGCAAUGCGGUCGAUCUCGGGCAGAUGAGCAGCUUCUACCUGGGGCUGGGGCUGCGCAUCAACUGUAACAUCUUCAGCUACGACUACUCCGGGUACGGCAUGAGCGGCGGCAAGCCGUCGGAGAAGAACCUGUACGCCGACAUCGACGCGGCGUGGCACUCGCUGCGCACCCGGUUCGGCGUCAGCCCGGAGAACAUCAUCCUGUACGGGCAGAGCAUCGGCACGGUGCCGACGGUCGAUCUGGCCGCGCGCUACGAAGUUGGGGCUGUGAUCCUGCACUCUCCCCUGAUGUCGGGGAUGAGGGUGGCCUUUCCAAACACGAAGCGGACCUGGUUUUUCGACGUGUUUCCAAGUAUCGAUAAGGUGUCGAAGAUAUCAUCGCCGGUGCUGGUGAUACACGGCACGGAGGAUGAGGUUAUAGACUUUUCCCACGGUUUAAGCAUCUACGAAAAGUGCCCAAAAGCCGUCGAACCGUUGUGGGUUGAGGGAGCCGGUCACAAUGAUGUGGAGCUGUACAACCAGUACCUGGAUCGGCUGAAGAAGUUCAUCGCGGUCGAGCUGGGCAACUGACAAUUAAAGCAUGCCUCCUCCGGUCAGC